UACAAAUACCCCAUAUUUAUAUCGAACGGAUUAUUUUGGCGAUCUGACCCUCGAUGGACGGCCCAACAAGCAGUGGCAGCCCGUUGCUCACGACAGGGGAACGUGCGAAGGAGGACGGGGGACGCAAGCGCUCGUUGAAGCACAAGCACAAGCAAAAGAGCUCCCGCCACUCCACCAGCGGCGAGGAACACGAGAAGCCGUCGUCGUCAAAAGGUCAUAAGGACGAUGGCGGGGCUUCGCACCUUCAAGAUCUGUUGACAAGCAAGAUCGCUCAGCUUCAAGUGGGGGAUUCAAGCUUGGAUGUGGACAUCAGCGGCAUUUUCAGCGAUUCCAAGCUUGUGGACGACGCGAGUGCGUCGUGGGAGGCCGCAAGCAAAGACGGCGGCGACGUCGGGCAGAUGGACUACAUCGUGCAGGGGAUGUUGGGGCACUUGGCGCUGCUGCAGCAAAAGCUGAGCGAAGUGCACGCCAAGUACAUUGUCAUGCGCGAGCAAAAGAUGGCGUUGGUCGAAUCGAAUUUGAAAGUGAACUCGACCAAGGGCAAACUCGAAUCGUUGUGCCGCGAGCUCCAGAAACAAAACAAGACCAUCAUCUCCGAGUCCCGUCGCAUCGCCGAGGAAGAGGACCGAAAGCGGCAGCAGCUGAGCCAGCAAUUCCAGACCACGAUCGAAGACGUGAGCAAGAAAAUGGAGCAGCAGGGCAAGGACUACGUGUCGUCGCUCCACGACAACGAAGCCCUGCAAGGCAAGCUCAAGACGUUCCUGGCGCAGUAUGAGUUGCGCGAAGAGCAUUAUGCCCACCAGCUGCAGGCCAAGGACUUGGCCGUGCAGCUAGCCGACGCCAAGCUGCAGCAUCAAAUCGAACUCACCAAGCGCGAGACGGAAAAGGUUGCGCUGACGUUGGAGCAAACCAAGCACAUUUCAGAGCGGGAAGUGGCUCUACAGGUACCAACCACGCUGCUGCUGCUGCGAUGACUUGGGUUUCAAUAGGCUUUGAAUACUCUCUAUAUAUAUAUAGGAUACUAUGAAUAUUUUAUAUGUCUUACGGUAGGGCCAACUGGCGUCGUAUUCCGAGAAAUUUGAAGUGGUGCAAGAAACGCUGUCCAAGAGCAACACGAUGUUUGGGACGUUGCGUGACGAAAUGGACAAGAUGUCGAAACAUAUCAAGCGAUUGGAAAAAGAGAACGGAAACCUCAAGAAAAAGUGCGACCAGUACGACCACGGAGCCAUCGAAAUGCUCCAGGAGCGCGGGCGAGUGGCCGAAGAAGCCAAGAAGGCGCAAGACAAGAUCAGCAAACUGGAAGGACUCUGUCGCAUGCUCCAAGCGGAGCGCAACCGACUCAUGGAGCAAACCAAGGAGACUGCGCCAGCGUCGUAGAAAGCAUCGAGCGAGAAUGCAGCGUCAUAAGACCACCACCUUGAACGAGGAUGGGUAGAACGUUACAUAACGUUAGAUGAAUCAUAAAAUGGCAUACUAUUGUCGAUUUUCUUCAAAUUUC